AUGGCAAACAUCGCAAAAAUUGAAUUCCCGGCUCUUAAUAUCACCGGAGAAAAUUAUAUGCCGUGGACGGCACAUGUUAAGCGACAUCUCAAGUCAAUGGGUGUUUUGGAAACGAUAACGGAGUGGAACGAAUGUAGCGAUCAAGACAAGGCAAAAGCCGAUGUCUUCCUCCAUAAACACAUUGAUGAAAUAUUUGAUAAUCAAAGGGAAGUUUUACUUCCCACUGCUAGAGAUGAAUGGAACAAUCUCAGGUUCCAAGAUUUGAAAAAGGUGAAUGAAUACACCUCUGCUUUGUACAGGAUAUGCUCAACGCUCCGAUUCUAUGGGCAAACUGUUACGGAGGAAGAUAUGUUGGAGAAAACUUUCUCCACAUUUCAUGCAUCAAAUAUAAACUUGCAACAACAAUAUCGGUUGCAAAAGUUUCAAAGAUAUUCUGAUCUAAAUUCAUUUCUCCUCAUAGCAGAGAAAAACAAUGAGCUACUAAUGAAAAAUCAUCAAGCUCGUCCCACUGGAUCAUUAGCCAUUCCAGAAGCAAAUGCUGUUAUUAAUGAUGAUACUAAAGACUCUGGAAGAAAAUGGGGACGAGGCCGUGGCCGUGGCCAUUUUGGUAAUGGUCGAAAUUAUUCCAUUGUGACACUCUAG